UCAUGAAGGGAUCCAUCUGGAUUUGAAGGCUUCUCCUGUGAUGAAUUACACAGGGGGGGUUGCGGCUGAUGAUCUCCCUGAUGAAAUGAUUCAUCGCAUUCAAUCUUUCAUGGAUGCCCGCCCUGCCGCCCAAACCACGGUGUUAUUCAAAUCCUGGCGCCUCGCAUGGCUCACGCGCCCCGACCUCGAUUUUCGAGACCAGGAUUUCCCAUAUCCGUGGAUCCAGUUCCAGGCAUUCGCACGCAACACUUUGCAGAGGUACGAAAAUCGCAAUCGAAGGAUCAACUCUUUCCGUCUAGGGAUGGAGACUGUUGUAGAUCAUCAUCUAGCUACAGAAUUGAUUGUGAGAGCGAUCAGAUUGGGGGCUACUAAUCUCACGCUUCGAAUUCCAAGAACCGCUGGUCACAUAAUGUAUUUUUUACCAAAUGAGGUUCUUGAUUCCGAAACCCUAGCUGGAUUAUCUGCUCAUGAUUGCCAAAUUAUUCUCCAAUUUGGGCGGAAAGAAGUAAGUUGGUCCAAUCUUAAAACCCUUAAUUUGUCCCACUCGUUUAUAUAUGGUGAUUUAUUCCAUGAUUUGAUUUCGAAAUGCACAUCUCUUGAGAAAAUAGCGUUGGAUAGAAACGUAAGCUUUCCAACGUUGUUUAGAGGACCGAGACGACUUAGCCCACCUUGUGAGAGUAAACUCAAACUGCAUAAGCUCAAGUCAUUGCAAUUGAUUGGUUUGGGUAGAAGAGACUACAUAUAUAGGCAUGAGUUGUGGCCUAAAUUUCCUUGCCUGAAAGAAUUGGAGAUUCGGGAUGUUGACUCUAAUAACUAUGACUGGACAGGCUUAAGAAUCUGCAGCCCAUCACUCGAGCUCAUAACCAUCUACACGUAUCACAAUAAGAUUAGGAAUGGGACGUUUGAUGUUCCAAAUAUUCGAAAAUUUAAGUUGGUGGGAAAUUAUUUGCCGCAGCUGGAUGAGUUCAAGACGAGUAGUAGUAACAGGGAAUGGAAGUCAGAUAUACAUGUACAGUGUUAUACGUUUACUGCUUCAUGGUUCUCUUCGUUGAGCGAACUCUUGAUAAUGUUGAGCCCAUCCCGAAUAUCUCUCUCUGUACAUAUGGAUUCUAAAUAUUUUCCCCGAAAGAGUGUAUAUAGUGGAGAUGGUGGUUUACCUACACCCAGAGUAGAGAAUUUGUCAAUAACGGGUUUUUAUGAACUAUGCUUCUCUUGGUUCUCUGCUUUCCUAGAGGCUUUGCUCCAGAGCUGUUGUCCCAACUGCAUAGGAGUUGAUACACGCCUUACAGGGAAUGCGAAUCUUGAAGCUCUGUUUCAACGGCUGGGAUAUCGUCCAUAUGAAACAGAUGAUUUAAGUGGUGAUCAGCAAUACCUCAUUAGGUUCCAACGGGUAUAGGUGUGGAGAUAUGGAGAAAGGAGUUUGUGCACUACAAGACAUGGACUAAGGGAAUUAUGUGUUGUGUAUAUGCCAACUGCAAAAAUGUGACUGUACAGUAUCAAGAUAUCAUCAUAUUAAGUCACACUUACAUAUAGAAAAG